GUGUCCACAGCGGGGAAUGCAGGAAUUUUUCUCGCGAUUCUCGUGAUUAGCUUUGUGUUGCUCUCAUGGUUCCUGCUGAUCUGCACCAUGAAGAUAUUCAAACACAAAGACAGUUUUUGCUGGAGAAGGAGGAAAGAGGCUGAAGUCUCCCAGAACGAACAACCCAGUCAUCAAGGCAGUAACCCGACCACGCUGACGCUUACAGUGUCUGAGGAAACUCCCAUGUUGACUCUCAAUCAGAGUCCAGCUAUAUCAGAACAUCCAACCCACAUCAACCCUCUCGUGCCAGUCAAUGGCCAGAUAGUUGCCAGACAAAAUCACCACGCAGAUCGCUGGCCGGCCAUCGUCCUCUACGCAAUCAUCAAGGAGGUGCCCUUGCAUAGGUGGAAGGAGUUCUUGCGUCUGCUUAAGGUGACUGACCAGCAGAUGGUGCGAGUCGAGAUGGAGACUGGUUUCAGUCUCGGCUCCAUGGAGAAGCAGUACCAGAUGCUGAGGCUGUGGAGCCAGCACUCUUCCUCCCAACUCAGUGAUAUUUUCUCAGCCUUACACUACAUGGAAUUAACCGGCUGUGCACAGCUGCUCCAGGAAAGCCUGGAAGAGCUGCAGUGGACGCCUGACCACAGACAGGCGCUCACAGCCAUUUGAAUGGAGCAGUGCGGG